AUGCAACAUAAUACCAUAUAAUGAAUUAUUUAAAAAAUCUGAAAUGUUACAUUUCGCGUGUGUUCGACCUCGUGUUUUGAGAAGUCGAACGGAGAUCAGCCUGAAGAGAAAGGCGAGCAAAAAUCGGGGCUCCAUGCUGGCUGCCACGGCGAACUGCUAAGCGGCACGCAAGCAGGCAGUCAGACGUUCGGAGCAGACAACAUGGCGCCGAGAGCGUCGUCGUCACGCCGGCGUGACGUUUCCCGCGCGCGUCAUUAACGGAAGUGAGCCCACAAAAUGGCGGAGUUUUACGGCGCUGAGGUGUGAAAGGGAAGAGAGAAAGGAGAGGACGGGGAGGAUGUCUAUGCCUGCAGGCAGUUAGGUAGGCGAUCGAGGCAGAAUGACGAGAGAUCCUGUAGAAAGAGAGGAGGUUAGGUCGGUGGCAUAGAGAAAGAAGAAUGACUGGUAGCCGCCUUCGGCGGUAGACUAGCGUGCUGUACGAAUGGAGCAACGAUGUGUCGAGGGGGCGCCCAUUGGAUAGAAAGAAGGAAAGCGACGAAAGCGAUACGUUGAACGAAGAUAGCGCUAAGCGAAGUGACGAGCGAGUGGGGGUACAUAGAGGAGAGGCCGGGAGUGCGAGGAAAGAGGCUCGAGCGAACGAGAGAGAAAGAGAUGGCGAUUCAGCGGAGGGGAAAGACCAGUGAGAAGCAGCGGCAGACUCGCCGGUGGGGAUGAAAUUAGUUACGGCAUCCAAGACCUAAAAGGAACUUCGGCGCCGCACGGUCAGAUCGCAUCGUGCAAUGUUAAGCGUUAAGGUAGCCUCGUGCGUUAUUGACAGUGCCGGUUUCGAAAUUCGUAGUAGCUGUUAACUGCAUCGUUGUACUUGGACUUGUGGUCAACGUGACAGCCAUUGCUACAGGUGCGAAAAAGUUAUGUGUGUAAUAUUUGAAACGGAAACUCUAUAACGUGAGUGAAAUGCUCAGUGAAGAACUCAGUGAAAAUGAUUCACUCGAAGCAUCAGUUAGUUACACCAACGAUAAUGCCAAAAUCAGCUCAACAACAACACCAGCAGCAGAAUAUACGAAAAUCUGUGGGCGCUAUAGGUACUAGACGUAUCUUUACAACAGGCUUUAAGAUCCAAGUUUUGGAUUCCUAUAGGCAUGACAAGGAUUGUCGGCAAAAUCAGCGUGCUACUGCAAGGAAGUAUAAUAUUCAUCGUCGUCAGAUACAAAAAUGGUUGCAAUGUGAAGAGCAGCUCCGAAGCAGCGUUGAAAAUGGGAAUACAGGGACCGUCUCAUCGACAACUGUUUCCCCUGCGAGUGUUUCUAAAUCGGAUAGUACUGUGACGGAAGCCACAGGGAAUACCGUGACUCCAGCAAGGUAUAGCGUGACGCCGGCCUUGAACCUCAACCUCGACAGACAGCACGGCGACGAGCUGACUACACAGCAAGGGCCCCCACCUUCUCAUCCUCCGCAUGGUAGUGCACCCUCCUCGCCCCAAUUUAGUCUUCAGACUACUACUGCCGGCACGGUUUUGCCCUUAUGUUUAACAUCUGUGAAUUAUCAAGAAUAUUCAUCAGAACAACGUCUUCGCUUAUACGAGGAACUCGAUGACAGAGUUCAUGUAUCAAAGACUCAUGGAUACUCGGACACGCAAGUGGAUCAGGACCGUAGUUAUUACGUAUUGAAUAAAGACGGACAGCGAGAUGCAGAAGCAGCUUCAACGUUCAGUGGCAGAAAUGAGGUAAAGGUAUAUCAAACUUUAACGAGUUACCAUUCACCACAUCAGGAGCCUCAAUACAACGUGAACGAUAUCAAUAAUAGCACGCGUAAUCAUUCGCCGAAUCAUCAUCCGCAGCAACGAGAACAGAAUUAUGGGAACGUCGAUUCAUUCGACGGGAGAUCGUACAGCCUGCUGCUAGCGCCGUCGAUGAUAAAGACAGAGCCAGCGAGUCCAGACACAACGGCGACGUCAGGGCCGUACGAAUCGACGGGCUCUCCCGAUGGCCUACGGGCCCCACUCUCGCCGGUAUCGUAUCGAAGUGCCGAUAGCGGUGGCUCCUCGUCGUCCGUUCACUUUGUUGAUUCUUCACGAGCUCCUGCGAACGCGUACUUGCACGUGCACGCGCAUGAGCACGCACACACGUGCCCGCCACUGGAUUCCGAGAAGCCGAUCCCAUCGCUUCUGCAUAAGCAGGAGAGAAAAUCAGAAGAGACAACGCAGCAUAUCGAAGAGAAGAGGGAGGAAGAAAUACAGGAGAAGACAGAAUGUUGCAGGACAUUGAUCAAAGAAGAAGUGCACUUGGAUGAGGAAGACGCAAGUGCACUUGAUGAAAGGGAAGAAGCAAUUGCAUCUUCGUGCGUCGAUUAUCAACGACCACCUGUUGGCGAGACGUCACCAGAUCAAUUCAGGACCAAUUCAGGAUCGGUAAGCCCUGCGUACGAUUGCAAUGGUUACUCUUUACCUUCGAGUCCUCCUGAUUCUGCCGGAAGAUCCAGGAAUAACUGGUCGGACAGUGAGGUGGACCCUCUCAUUCCUUCCAACAGUUUAAAUUCGUCCGGCAAUUUUACUCGCAGGCGAUCGUUUCCCCUGCGUUUUAAACUCAACGUCCUUAAUGCUUUCCAUCGAGAUGAGGAAGUAAAAGAAAAUCAACGAGCUACCGCAAGAAAAUUUAACAUAAAUCGUCGUCAAGUACAGAAAUGGUUGGAACAAGAGGAGGAUAUCAGAAAAGAAGUCAAACUUCGAGGAAAUUCGCUGGACUCCAUUCAGGAUGUCACUUCCGGUGAUUCACCGUUGGAUCUGACGACGACAAGUUCCGCUUCGUUACGACAAGUUUCGAAUUUUUCGGAUGUUUCAUCGUCGUUUGAUCGACCUGGGACGGAACAUGAGCAAUUGCCGUCGCAUUUUAGCUGUGAUGUUGGUUUUAUUUCUUCUCAGCAUCCCUUAAAUUAUCGACACUGUACUGGAAUGGAAUCAUCUUCUGAGGUAGAAUACGUAGCGCCUUGCAGCCUAUCUUGCUCUGCAGACAGUCAUACUACAAUGUCGACAUUUUCUUAUCAAGAAUUACCUAUAAGAGAAUCAUGUUACACAGAGCCUUCGAUUAAAACGUAUUCUUCCUCAAGAGCAAAUUCCGUGAUUUCUAACUUUUCUGAAGGAUGUGAGCAAAGAUUUUCACCUUUGAAGAGACAUCAUUGUAUACUUUCUUGCUGCUACGACAUGAUACCAUCGCCGAAGAGAUUCUGCGAAAGAUCUUCGGAUGUGGACGACUCCUACGAUAUACCUUCUCAAGAUGAGCCUCUUUGCCUCGUAAAGCCGAAGUUGGCACAGGAACUCGCGCGAACGGAAUUAAUUACGAAAUCAAUCAGUACCGUAUCGACUUCGAAUAAUCCUGAUGCCAUCACUUUCAAGCCUUACUUAGAUAAUCCCGUGAGUAAACCCAUAAAGAAAUGCGCCGUUCAACGUUUAUCUCCUGUCAAUAGUCAUAAUAUCAACAAUAACAUUGAUAGUAAUUGUCAGAUAAUUUGUAAUUUCAACGAGGAUCAAAAUCGCGAUUAUGAUUUUGAGCUUAAUUUGCGAGUGCCUUGGAGACCCGAUUUAGAUGUGUAUAGAACUGUAGGAUUCCCGCAGAAGAGUACGUUUGUCAGCGUGUCCUCAUACUAUAUGUAGUUUCCAUUUCGAAUCCCUAUUGAGUAAAUUGACAACAGAAAAUCGUUAGAUGUUCAUUCAGAACAACCGUCGACUGUGUUUAUAUUUCUUUCGUUUCGUUCCAUAUAGACACAUUUUUUUAAACGUAAGAAAAAAACACGAUACAAUCAUAUUGCAUUACAUUCAAUUAACUUGAGGGUGUAAAAAUUCGACUUGCAGGUUUUUCGGGUUAGAACGUAUUGACGAAAGAUCGAUUCGUGCGUGAUUUACUACACGUAGUAGACCACGUAAGCACUUAUCGUUUCCACAGAUCGUCGGUACUGCGGUAUACAUCGCGAUAAAGUUUUAAUCGGCCAUUGGACGACCCGAGGCGUGGAAGGAGAUUAUAUAUGGUCGCGUCCUCGACUGGCGUCUUCUUCUAAUUUCAUCAGACCUGCUCGACUUUUUACCCCUCCAUCAUUCGCUCGCUCCUCUCGAAAAAUUGUGCAGAUAUCCUAACAGAUCUUUUUCCACCGCUUUAUCGUCGAGAUUAGAGACCGGUGGUUAUCGGCUAGGCCGUUUAGAGGUCGAAUUCGUUUGCUAUAAUUAUAGGAUUAUAUCAGAGAACGCAAACAUUGCGUCGCAUCGAGAGAAGGUUCGCGGAAAGAAAUGUUUGAACCAAAGUACCAUGAAAUGUAAUAAAUCUGUUCUUUUAGCAUGAUGUAGUAAGUAAAAAAAAAAGGCAAUGCUAUAUACAAGAAAUAUUUUUAGUAUUUGUUAAAAAUUUUUAGUUUGGUCUUUUUUUUACAACAAAAUAUUGCAUAUUGCCUAUUAAGGGAUGCAGACAAGUACAAUUUUUAAGUCAUGUUUCUUUAAAUGUGUCUAUUUUCUACGGAAAGUUAUCUGCCGACGGGCGUUGAUCGCAUGAUUUCUUGGUAGCACGCCACCCAUAGCUUUCCGCGAACUGGUCGCACGAUCGCAUUUAUCACCCGGUCGUGUACAUGUAUUCGAUCUGCAGAAAUCACUUAAUUGCUCAAACAAUCAUUUCUUCCAUGUGCGCACAUAUCACACACGCGUACCAUAUUAUUAUACGAUAAAACUUUGUCACAUCCCUUCUCAUUAUUUGAUAGUUGUUCUUUCUUGCUUUCGUAUUUUCAUUGUUCUCUCUUAAAUUGUCUAUCUGUAAAUAUGUAAAUAUGUAAAUAUCAAGAGAAACAGAUAAAAUGCGACAUUAAAUUUCUACUGGAUAUUCAUGUGUUCAGUGGAUAGAUAUAUUAUAAUAUAUGUAUUAUAAUGUUAUUUUAAAGCGUUUAGAGUUUAAUUGAUUCUUUCAUUUGGAAGAAAUAAUCUAUUUUUGUAUGACUCCAAUUCUGAAAAAAAA